AUACCAAGUGGUAUCGGGAAAUUAUUGCAGCUGCAAGUGCUCUAUUUAUCUUACAAUCGCCUUGAGCUCAUACCAGAAGGUGUAAGCCGUUGUGUUCGAUUGCAACGUCUGAAAUUGGAUAAUAAUAGGUUGAUUACGUUGCCCGAUUCGAUCCAUCUUUUGCCGGAUUUGAAACAGCUCGAUUUGCACAAGUUUGUUUUUGGUGCUUCCGGAUUUGCGCUAUUUCGCGUGUUUUCAUGA